AAAUCUCAACGCUGAGUACGUCGGCUCCACGACCAGGGACGGACGUAGCAACCUUGACGAGUUGGGAGAUGGAAGGAGCCUGACAUAAAGUCUGCAGUUCCGUUAUUGACUGGGAGCGAUGCGUUACUGUAGCACGCGUGGCGGAGUGCAGGGAUGGGGGUUCCGGGAGGUGCUGUUUUCUGGCUAUGCUCCGGACGGGGGAAUGUUCAUGCCGGAGACCCUACCCACCCUCACUCCGGACACCCUGAGGUCCUGGGCCCCCCUGUCCUAUCUGCAGCUGGUUCAGAAAGUGUGCGCCCUCUUCAUUCCUGACGACCUUGUCCCUCGCCAGGACCUGGAAGCUGUGCUGUCGGGCGCCUUGUCUCAGUUCUCUGUCCCGGGGGCGGUCCGCAUGGCUGGGCUGGGAGGGGGUCUGUCUGUCCUGGAGCUCUUCCACGGCGAGACGCUGGCCUUCAAAGACCUGGCCAUGAACUGCACCGCACGCCUCCUGGAGUACUUCCUGUGCCGAGAGAAGCACCGGGCCACCAUCCUCGUGGGGACGUCAGGGGACACGGGCGGCUCGGCGAUCCGCAGCGUUCGGGGGCUGCGGGGGGUGGACGUGGUGGUGGUGUUCCCCCGCGGCCGCAUCACCUCCGUCCAGGAGAGGCAGAUGACCACCAGCCUGGAGGACAACGUCCAUGUCUUUGCAGCGGACGGCAGCUCAGAUGACAUCGACGUCCCUCUGCGGCGCCUCUUUGCGGAUCAGGACCUGGUGAGGAAUCACGGGCUAAUGAGUCUGAACUCCGUCAACUGGACCCGAGUCCUGGUUCAGCUGGCCCACUUCCUGUACGCCUACCUACAGCUGAGCGGCCUGGAGAAGACGGAGGGGGGUGCCCUGCCGACCCUGGAAGUGGUGGUGCCCACAGGGGGCGCGGGCAAUAUCGCGGCUGGCUGUAUCGUGAAGCUCAUGGGCGUGCCCCUGCGCCUCAUUGCCAUGGUGAACGCCAAUGACAUCGUACACCGGACAGUGCAGAAUGGUGACUUCUCCAUGGCGACCAGUGUCAAGCAGACCCUGGCCCCUGCCAUAGAUAUUCAGGACCCCUACAACAUGGAGCGGGUCUUCUGGCUGUUGUCGGGGCGGGAUGGAGGGCUUGUGAAAGGGCUGAUGGAGGAGUUCCAGCUCUCUCACAGAAUCACUCUACCAGAUACACUCCACAAGGCGCUGUCCUCGGUGCUGUCUGCUGGCUCUGUGACAGACGAGGGGAUUGUUGAGACGAUGCAGAGAUGCUGGAGAGAAAAUCAGUACCUGCUGUGCCCUCACACUGCCGUCGCUGUGUGGUACCACUAUCACUGUCCGCUGCCCCCGGGGGAGAACAGGUGUUGCAUAGCAACAGCAUCUCCCGCCAAGUUCAAGGAAGCCGUACAGAAGGCAGGGCUGACCAUCGACCUCCCGCAGGAAGUGCGGGCCUUGGAGAAGAUGGCGACGCGCUACGAGGACCUGGAGCAGGGCGAGGACUGGGAGCACAGGCUCAGAGAGCGCAUAGAAUCCAUCAGCUCUGUCCGGCAGCGCGGGGCGUUGUUUUAUUCACCAGCAUAGAUGAGCCGGUGAGGAAUAUGAAGCAAUGGUGACAUGGCGACCACACUGCGCUGACUCAUAGGUGAGCUGUGGACUGCACCACUGCCGGACAAAAUU